GGUGAUUCAUCAUAAGGCUGGCCGUUGAAAAAAAGGAAUCAAAUGUCUACGUCACAUUCCUCCAUCAACUGAAACAAAAAACAAAUGCUUUGAUAUACCACUCCUUGAACUUCUAGCAUUAUUCGCGUUGUAUUUUUCUGCGCGUCGGUCUGCUUCUUCACCUUCAUGUUGAUUCUGUCUGUCUUUUCCUAAGCAAAUUCAUCAAUUAUGGCUGUUAAAUUUUACCCGUCACAAAUCGGUUCUGACCUCGUUACCCCUUUGUCCUACACCGCAUCUCCUGGCAAAUUAUUUUUUCAAGAUCUAUGGCUCGUGUUUGUAAAUCUUAGAUUUGUUCCUGGUAUCUUCAUACCUCUUACUUCCACACCUUCUGGCGUCCUGGAUGAAUUGUACCCUUCUCCAGGGAACUUAUUGAAUCUUGCUUUACAUGCUGUUCUGUUCUUUCUGCAACUAUGCUUUAUCCUUUCGGUUCCUAUCUGGUUUAUUAUGCCUGUGUGGGUAGUAGCCACGGGGUUCACCAUGUUUUGGAUGUUCAAUUAUUUACUUUGCUUAAUUUUGAAUGGGUCGGCAUCUGUGUCAACGUGUGAAUCAGCUCCGGAGUAUGCCCAGAGAAAGGAAGAAUUUGCUCAUGAGCGAUGGUUGUACAUGAAUGGUGUCUGUACUGGUCACCACUGGCUCAAAGGUUCCGUGGAUCGUCUUGCUCUCACAUUCGGCCGCCCCGUUCUAGGAAUUCACAACAGAACUAAGGGUCUAAUUUUUGACCUCUUCGAAUGUCUGAUUCAGCGCACUCUCAAUUACGCCACUGCUGACAUUCGUACCUCCUACCGCAUCCUCAAAGGGACACUGUACGAACCUGAUGUGACACGAGUGAUGUUUAUCCUCCACUCGCAAGGAUCCAUUGAGGGCAGCAUGAUCAUAGAUUGGCUUCUCGCCGAGAUUCCUCAAGAUCUUCUUCAAAAACUUGAAGUCUACACCUUCGGAAGCGCUGCUAACCAUUUCAACAAUCCGCAUCUCCAAAUAGCAUCCCAGAACAACGCCCUGGCCCACCCGUCAUUACGGGCAACUUCUCUCACUAGAACAGUCACCACUUUGUUCACGAACUCCAAUACUCCUGUAGAACUUCCACCGAGUAGAAAUGGAAAUGGAAAAGCCAUCCCACAUAUCGAACACUAUGCACACACAUAUGAUUUUGUCUCUCGAUUCGGAGUUCUCCACUAUCACAGAAAUGACACUAAUGAUACAUUCGCCCCGCGUUUUAUGGGAAGACUAUUUGAGGUAGAAGCUAGCGGCCACAUGUUCGUACAGCACUAUCUAGACACCAUGUUUCCACUUUCCAAAUCCUCGCAAAGAUUAUUGAACGGCACCGGAAUCAAAAACGACGAGAACACUAUGCGUGCAAACUGGGAUCGAGAGCGUGUAGAUGAAGAUUGCGGAUUCAUGACAAGCUCGGUCGAAGGCAAAGGCCGCGUGGCGCCGGAAGACAAACUCGGAAGAGAAGACUGGGAAGUUUCUUGUGUAGGGGAAUCAGAAGCUGAUAGUGGGAUCGCGCCACAGAUAAGUGUAAAGGGUGCAAAGACGAAUGGGUCACAGAAGAAGAAGUGGACGAACUUUCCGGUGGAGGGAACGAUAGUGACUAAUGGAGCUUUUGGGACGAGCGGAUAUAAGGUCAAGAACUUGAGCAGAUUAUGGUUGUAUCGUGACGGUAGAAGUCCCAUGAAUUGAGAUGGGGGACAGUGGUAAUUUACCUGGUUUCAUUGAAAGAGCAAUUUGAAUCUGGUGUUUGGUGAUGAGCCCGGGAAAGACUUUUGGUCCGUCGGGCUUCUGAAUAUUUAUUCUUAGAGAGGUUGUAUUUAGAAUGAUGUAUUGAUAUACCAGUAAGGCUGGCGGAUUUAGGGCUGGCGCUGUGGGAUUUAGAAUUACAUUUGGAUACCA